ACAGAGUCCACAGCCACUGCCAUGGAGCUGGUUUCUGCCGACAAAACUGAAGAUGUUCCUGCUCCUUCUACAUCUGCAGACAAAGUGGAGAGAAUGGAGAAUGAUGUGUUGGGAAACACCUUGGAAGGUGUGCAUGUGGAAGAGGAAGAAGGAGAAAAAACAGAAGAUGAAUCUCUGGUAGAAAAUAAUGAUAACAUAGAUGAGGAAGCAAGGGAAGAGUUGAGAGAACAGGUUUAUGAUGCCAUGGGAGAAAAAAAAGAAGCCAGAAAAACAGAAGACAAGUCUUUGGCAAAGCCUGAAACUGAUAAAGAACGAGACAGUGAAAUGGAGAAGGGUGGAAGAGAAGAUAUGGAUAUAAGUGAAUCUGCAGAGGAGCCACAGGAAAAAGUUGACUUGACUCUAGAUUGGUUAACUGAAACCUCUGAAGAGGCAAAAGGAGGAGCAGCACCAGAAGGACCGAAUGAAGCUGAGGUCACUUCAGGGAAGCCAGAACAGGAAGUACCAGAUGCUGAGGAAGAAAAAUCAGUUUCUGAAACUGAUGUCCAAGAAGAGUGCAGAGAAAAAGGAGGUCGGAAGAAGCAGGGAGAGGUAAUUGUGAGCACAGAGGAGAAGCCAAAAGAAGUUUCAGAAGAGCAGCCUGUGGUGACUCUAGAAAAGCAGGGCACUGCAGUGGAGGUAGAAGCAGAGUCUUUAGACCCAACAGUCAAGCCAGUAGAUGUGGGUGGGGACGAGCCAGAGGAGAAGGUAGUUACCUCUGAAAAUGAGGAAGGAAAGGCGAUUCUUGAGCAAUUGGUAGGUCAAGAAGUGCCACCUGCUGAAGAGUCACCAGAGGUGACAACAGAGGCUGCAGAGGCCUCAACUGUAGAGGCUGGAUCAGAAGUCUCUGAAAAGCCUGGGCAGGAGGCUACAGUUCUCCCUAAGGAUGGUGCAGUCAAUGGACCGUCAGCUGUAGGAGAUCAGACUCCUAUUGAACCACAGACUUCUAUAGAAAGACCGACAGACAAAGAUGGCUCAGGACUAAAGGAGAAGGUCAGGGCAAAGCUGGUUCCUAGUCAGGAGGAGACUACUGUAGAAGAGUUUGAGGCAGCUGGAGAUGGGGUUGAUACCAAGGUAGCCCAGGGAGCUACUGAGAAAUCACCUGAAGACAAAGUUCAGAUAGCUGCUAAUGAAGAGAUAAAAGAGAGAGAACAGAUAAAAGAGGGUGAAGAAACUGAAGGCUCAGAAGAGGAUGAUAAAGAAAAUGAUAAGACUGAAGAACUGCCAAACGAUUCAGUCCUUGAAAACAAGUCUCUUCAAGAAAACGAAGAGGAGGAGAUUGGGAGCCUACAGCCUGCCUGAAGUAUGCUGGAUUUAGCAAAGAUCGUUUUUAAAAGGCAAGAAACAAAAGCCCAGCUUUAUGUUGCCCAGGCACAUCUUAAACUCGGAGAAGUUAGUGUUGAAUCUGAAAACUAUGUGCAAGCUGUGGAGGAGUUCCAGUCCUGCCUAAACCUGUAGGAACAGUACCUGGAAGCCCACGACCAUCUCCUUGCAGAGACCCACUACCAGCUGGGCUUGGCUUAUGGGUACAACCCUCAGUAUGAUGAGGCAGUGGCACAGUUCAGCAAAUCUAUUGAAGUCAUUGAGAAGAGGAUGGCUGUACUAAACGAGCAGGUGAAGGAGGCUGAAGGAUCAUCUGCUGAAUACAAGAAAGAAAUCGAGGAACUGAAGGAACUGCUACCCGAAAUUAGAGAGAAGACAGAAGAUGCAAAGGAGUCUCAGCAUACUGGGAAUGUAGCUGAACUGGCUCUGAAAGCUACUCUGGUGGAGAGCUGUACUUCAGGUUUCACCCCUAGUGGAAGAGGCUCUUCAGUCUCCAUGAUUGCCAGCAGAAAGCCAACAGAUGGUGCUUCCUCAUUAAAUUGCGUGACUGAUAUUUCCCACCUUGUCAGAAAGAAGAGGAAACCAGAGGAACAGAGUCCCCAGAAAGAUGAUGCAAAGAAAGCCAAACAAGAGCUGGAGGUGAACAGAGGCAGUGGAGAUGCUGUCCUCAGUGGAAAUGAAGUUUUGGAAAACAUGGAGGAGGAGGCUGAGAAUAAGGCUGAAAGCUGGGUGGCAGUGGAGGGGACAGUGGAGGCUGGAGCGACAGUUGAAAGCACUGCAUCUAAAGAGGGGGCACAGCCCUCCUCCCAAGGGAAAGUGUUUUUGUAUAUAACGUAUUUUUUCACUUUUGGAGGAUUCUUUUCGUAUAACUUCAAUAAAGAUUGUAAGCAAAGGUUGAGGCUCUGAUGAUUUUUUUCUUAAUUAUUGGCUGAAUCUGCCUUGGAGCACUCCUGGUUUUAUAUAGUAGCCAAAGGUUUUGUUUUGGCCUUCUGUACUGAUCUGUGUUCCUGAUCCUAAUUCCUAUCUGUCUAAUGUGGAGGUGAUCAAGUGUGGCUUUAGGCCUUUGUUUUCCAAUGAUGCUAUAUUCUGUUUUCAAAUACUUCACUGAACCCAGCUAUCUUGCAAACCUUCAGUGGUGCUGUCCUUGGAUGAAGGCUACAAAAACGAGACUUGGUGAAGAUCUUGCUCUUCGGUGCUGAAAAUGGAUGAGGGACUUUGGCUGUGAUCCAGGCCUAGGAUGGUACUUGUCCUAUAUCCAUCUAGUCUUCAACUGGGGCUAUAAUCCUGUCCUGGAAAAAGAACUCUGAAGAAAACCCGGGUCGGGGGAAUGAUUCAUAAGGAAAACGGUCUGCAUUUAAGCUCUGGUUUGAAAGUAGCCAAGGGACUGAUGGUGGACACUCCAGAUGUGGUUGGAAGCAUAUGUGGGGAGACUGGCUGGUUGAGUUUUAUUUGUUAUUUUCUGUAUAGAAAGGUUGAAAUAUAUCAACACUUGGAACUGUUACCCAUCUGCAGAAUUGACUUCUCAAAUAAAGAUGCUAAAAAUAAA